GUGUGGAAUAAAAUAAUGUUGACCCUUGUACGGCAGUGUACAAGCAACUCGCUCGUCUGAUCGCAACAGUGACGACGCCGAACGCAGAUAAUCUAAUCGAGCAUUAUACACAACACUCAUUGCUGGUCUCGACAAACUCGGGUCUACACCGUAGACCAGUAAAAAAUACCGAGACCGGGAGCAGCACUGAGAUCGAGACCAGCGGUUACUGAUCCAACGACGUGUCAGUGGCUCAAACUUCAAAAGAUCUGAACAGUGAUCACGGGCGGCAGAUCGCAUCACACUAAGGCGUCUUGUAUUACGUCUGAUCGAAACUAGGCUUGCACCAGUUUGAGCGAUCCUGUGGCGUUCAAAACGUAACCGACCCGUUUACACACCGUCGCUGUGCAUUUCAACCGUUGCCAACAGGCAGGAUCACUGCUCUUGGCAUCAAACGAGUCUGUGGUGAAAUCAGCCAUGUCCAAGGCUCAGCGUGUUGCAGUGGUAUCAGGAGGGAACAAGGGUAUUGGAUUUGCUAUUGUGAGGGCGCUGUGCAAGCAGCUGGACAAUGGAAUCGUCUACCUGACUGCCAGGAACGAGGAGAGGGGGAGGGAGGCCGUGGCCAGACUCAAUCGGGUGGGGCUGCAGCCUAAGUUUCACCAGCUGGACGUUACCGAUCCGGCCAGCGUGAGCAAGCUGAGGGAUUUCCUACAGAAGACGCACGGAGGCUUGGACAUACUGGUUAACAAUGCUGGAAUCGCCUUCAAAGAAGUGACGGUUACCAUCUGUGAAGGACAGAUGACGCUGAGUUUAGACUGUGAAAAGGAGCCAUCUUCUACGGACUCUACAGCUACUUUGGACGGUUCAUCCCCAACAUUUGGAGAGAAAGCAUCUAUUACCAUGGCAACCAAUUUCACUGCUGUCUUGAAAAUCAAUAGAGCUCUCAUCCCGCUGAUACGUGCUCAGGGAAGAAUUGUCAACUUGGUCAGUAUAUGCGGGGAAUGGACAUACGACAAAAUGAGCAAGGAACUGCAAGGUCGUUUCCAAGGAGUCAAAACGGAGCAGGACGUGGAGCAGCUCAUGCAGGAAUUUGUGACUCUUGCCAAAGCCGGCAAUCAUGCUGGGAACGGCUGGCCUGAAUUCGCCUACGGAGUAUCCAAGAUGGGGGUCACUGCACUUACCCGAGUCCAAGCUGCUGACAUCGCCAGGGAUAAGACAAAGGAGGAUGUUCUCAUGACAUGUUGUUGCCCAGGCUACGUGGCCACAGACAUGACGAACCACGAGGGGGAAAGGACAGUCGAUGAGGGCGCCUCUACGCCGGUCUACUGCGCCCUGCUACCACCCGGCUCCAGUCGAUUCAACGGCAAGAUGUUCAUCGACAAGGAGCUACACGAGUUCUGGUAGAACCGAAACAAGAUGAGCCAUUGACGAGUACAUAGUUGGCUCACUUGGUCUUUGCUGCGAAGCUCCAUCUGAUGGUUUUUCUGGGCAGGUGAUGUCCUAUAACAUAAUUCUUAACUGAAGCAACGAAAAUAUGCCGGCUUACAAUCACUAGGAUAUCUAUUUCAUGUACCAUUUCAAAGAAUUGUUUCCAUCCUUAAUAUAUAUAUUUUUUAAAGUUAAACCGACAACAUUCAACACUGCAGUUUUAAAUUAUGCUGAAAUCUGUUUGGGUAAGCAAUAUGCUUAUGGCUUCAGCUCAGUGAAAUACUAGCUCCCAUCUUCAAUACUGCAAUUUAGAUUAAUUUCUUACUUAUCUUGCGCCAAUUCUUCCAAUUUAACUGCUCUUGGUCAAGAACAUCGAAAGAGCCAAAAUUCGUAUUUCAAAUUCAAAAAUUAUUAUUCUUAGGGGUUCAGCUGCCGGAGAGCUUAGCCAAUUAAACUCCACAUCGAACCCGAAUGUCCUAUCAAUAAUCUUCUGUGAUAACUAUGGAGUCUCUUUAUUCUUUUCUUAAACCAUUCUUGUGACGUCACCCUGUUCAAAAAAGUUUCAAUUGUUCUUAAGAAUUAAAAAAUUACAGUUAACUGUACCUUUAAGAAUGUGCAGUAAACUAUAUUCAUAAACUGGUGAAUCAAAAUUGAUUUGGUAGACCACAGAAAUCACUGCUGUGACAUUACAGCGCUUUAGGCGUUCUGCAGGUCGAUGUCUUCUCUAAAGUUUUCGAAUUUAAUAUCCAAUAUCCAGAUUUUUAUUUAAAGUGAAACACUUCUUUCGUUACUUUAAAUUUUUAAUAUGUCUUGUUCAUUUUUUAUA